GGUUCUGAUGAUAGCAGCUCACAUGGAGCGGAUGGAACAGAUAAUGAGCAGGCUAAUUAAGCCCAACCCAGCCCCUGCUCGACCUGCUCCUGCGUCAUUCCCCCUCUUGCCUGCCCCGCCUACACCUGGUUACGCCCCACAGUUCCCUUACCCCGCUAAUCCAGCAGGAAAGGUUGAGUGUUUUAACUGCAAACAGCCUGGACACUUUGCCCGGGACUGUCCACAGCCGAAACGUAAUCAACCUCCACCAGCCGCGGCCCCUGUAGCUCUCAACCAAGGACGAGUGGCCGCACUGAUGGACACGGCCCAAGGAGGGGAACUUGUUGCAUAUGAGCAACCCUCCCCCUCAACGGCAAUUGCUUCAACCUCGGGAGCUUCUUCCUCUUCCGACGCUGCUGACGUGGUCGAUCCACUCGAGUACCUUCAUCUCGCCGGCAUGGUCGGAGCGAUCCGAUCGGCCCAUGAUGAUCUUGAAUGGGUCGACCGGGAAUCCAAUCCCGGUCCACAGUUUCGGACGGGAGAAAUUGAUGUAUUACGAGCGCUUAAGCAGCUGGAUAUCCGUGUUCCGAUCCCGGUGGGGUAUUUGCUCACCAUCUCCGAAGCUGCAAAUGAUAAGCUCCUGCAACAUUGCCAGAAAAACCAAAAGCGCUUCACGUACCAGCGAGUACAGCGAAUGUUGAAGAAGAAGGAAGGAGGCGAGGAGGUUGCACCACCUGAACUUGAAACAGGAGAACCCGAAGCAUCACGAGUAGCUGCGAUUUUGUUAGUAGAGAAGGAUCACUUCGUACGAGCUCGACCAGUGUUGUGGAAAAGCGCUGAGUGCGAUUGUGAAGUUUGGGGCAAACCAUUUAACGCCCUUAUCGAUACUGAAUCUUCCGCAGUGGCCAUAUCCUUAGAUACAAGCAUGGACUUUGACAUUCGUCACCGGAAACAUGAAAGGCAUGGGAAUGCGGACGGAUUAACACGACUGCACCGACCUGAGAAGGUUCCGAAGAAUGAGGAGGUGAUUCCGUGGAACGACCCAAAGAAGGAGAACGGACCUCGGUACGGCCAGGUGGAGAUCCUAUCAAAGGACCAUACGGCAUCAUCAAUCACGCUUUCUAUCCAAAGUCCGAAGGCGGAGGAGGUGGUGAUAGAAGAAGAGGAAAGUGACGACGACGAUGAGACAUCGGAAGAGGGAAGCUAUAACGAGUAUAGCGAGGGCGAACAGAGCGAAGAAGAAGAAGAAGAGGAAGAAGAAACAGGGUCUGAGUGGGCAGCCUUGCCGGAGGAAGCGACACGUACUGGCACGGAGGCGGAAGAUCCUGAGGCAGCACGCAAACGAAAAGAAAUUGCCACCGGGAAACGCCAGCUGGAGUUCGCCAGCGGAGCAAGCCUGCACAUCGGUGAUGAUCCGACCAAGGAUCCGGAGCCGCCGAAGCCUGAAGAUGGCGACCCAGCAGCCGCCACCCCAAGCACCUCACGAUGGAGACGAAGCCGAUCCUCCUCCCCCUCCAACCCCACCCGUCCCCCAGUUCGUCCACGUACCGAUGCGGGGGAUAGGCCUUCGUCCCCGGACAUUAUCCCGCCGUCCCCUUGAUUACCUCACCCUCGAGCAGAUCCAUACCCCCGUCACCUUCCCCCGCCACCCCUUCCAUCCCCAUCUCUUCAGUGAUUUCUACUCUACGCGCCUAAUCACUAC